ACUAAACCAACGCAACGCUUCUCUACCCCGCCAGUCAUUUCGUGCGUCGAUUUCUUUUUCAGUUUGACAAAGUUGCGAUAUCCUGCUGAAAAUGAGCGGGAUGGCGGACCGGUCUGACGCUUUACCAGAUUUCAAGCUGAGUGCAGUGCUUGCCGGACAUACCUCUGAUGUCAGAGCAGUUCUUCUUCCUGACCCAUCCUUCGCAAUCACUGCCUCGCGCGACGGGUCAACUCGUGUAUGGAAACGUGUUUCGACCUCCCCUCCCACCUACGACCCUACCGAAUCAUCUCAAGGCGCCACCUUCAAGACCUGUCUAGCAUACCUUCCACCUUCUAAAGAAUACAGUGAUGGUCUGAUCCUUUCUUCGGGACAAGAUGCCAUCAUUGAGGCACGGCAACCUUCUUCCACAGCGGAGGUCAAUGCGGAAGCCAUUGCCGUGGGACACAGCCAUCAAGUCUGCUCGCUGGAUGUAGAUGCUGCAGCCCGGUAUUUUGUCAGUGGAAGCUGGGACAGUACGGCCAAGUUGUGGGAGGUUGGUCGGUGGGAACCGUCAGUUGAUCUACCAGGUCAUACGGCCACUGUCUGGGCAGUCCUAGCAUACAGCAGGGAUACGAUCAUCACUGGCUGCGCAGAUCGAGCGAUCAGGGUGUUCGACGAACGAGGAAAAUUAAUGGCUUCUUGGGACGGCAAAGAUAUUGUACGAGCAUUGACGGCUUUGCCAGAGGGUCACUCCACAGGAGCCGACUUUGCUUCCGCAUCCAACGACGGUGUGAUACGUCUUUGGACGGUGGGAGGAAAGUUGGUGGCUGAAUUGUUUGGCCACGAAUCCUUCAUCUAUUCUCUGGCCACCCUACCCACCGGUGAGAUUGUCAGCUCCGGCGAGGACCGAUCGGUCAGGAUAUGGCAGGGAACAAAUUGUGUGCAGGUAAUCACACUUCCGGCAAUUUCAGUCUGGUCUGUAUCAACCUCAUCGAAUGGGGAUCUGAUCGUAGGAUCAAGCGACAAGGUGGCCAGAAUUUUCACCCGUGAGCAAGAGAGAUUCGCCGACCAGGAAACUCUGACAGAGUUCGUUGAGUCGGUCAAAUCUUCUAGUGUUCCACAACAACAAGUGGGCGGUGUCAACAUGACUGACCUUCCAGGUCCGGACUUCCUGACACGUAAAUCUGGCACGAAAGAGGGACAGAGCCAGAUCAUUAAAGAAGACGAUGGCAGUGCAACGCUGUACCAGUGGUCAAUGUCUCAACAAGCCUGGAUCAAGAUCGGUCAGGUGGUUGAUUCUGAAAGUUCUGGUGCGAAUAAGACGGCCUACAAUGGCAAAGAGUACGACUUUGUUUUCGAUAUCGACAUUGAAGAUGGCAAACCCCCUUUGAAGCUCCCUUACAAUGUCACACAGAAUCCCUAUGACGCAGCAACAAAGUUUCUGCAAAAUAACGAACUCCCAAUGUCGUAUCUGGAGGAAACGGCGAAUUUCAUCAUCAAAAACACACAAGGCACCACCCUGGGUGCGUCACAGCCACAAGCACAACCAGUUGGGGCUGAUCCCUGGGGUACGGAGAGCAGAUACCGACCAGGAGAGGUGCCCACAUCUUCGUAUCAACCUCGACCAGCAGCCAGCAGAAAGAUUCUGCCCCAUAAGGAAUACCUGUCUAUCGUCCUCGGUAAACCAAAUGCGGCUCUGGGUCAGAUCACAAAGAGAAACAACGAAUACAUUGGCACCACAAGUGUCUUAUCCGCGACCGAGGUUCAGCAUUUACUCGACAUCUCUCAACAAUUAGAAAAGUACAACUUUCAAGGAAAGCCGUCCUUGCCCACCACACCAGCCCUUCAAUCCUCCAUCACAUCUCUCGUCAAGAUCGUCACUCGGUGGGACCCUCCUUCAAAUCGUCUGGCAGGUUUGGACCUUCUCCGCUUCAUUGCCGCAGCAGCCAAGGACUUCCCAGGUACCAAUGACGACAUUGACAUCGUCGCUGGUAUUCUUUCCUCUGGCAUUUUUGACGCAGACCUUGUCAAGACCAACAACAAAUUAGCGAUGAUAGCAAUCCGCUUCUUCUCAAAUGCCUUGUAUGGUUCGGAAUCCUCUCGAGAACUCAUCAAAGAGCAUCUGGAAAGUAUUCUUGAGAGCCUCAAGCCUCUGAGCAGUCUCAUUGCAUCUGAUGUCUCGGUCGCGGUGGCUCUGACGACACUUUAUCUCAACCUUGCGGUCUUGAUAACAACAGACAAGAGCAGUGACUCAGAUACCUACGCACCAUAUGGCCUGGCCUUGAUUGAAGAGACCUCCAAAAUCUUGUCCUCCAGUCCAUCCGUCAAUCAUACUGCGUCAGCCACUCCAGCCGCACAAACAACGGAGCCGGCGUACCGAGCGAUAGUGGCGCUGGGAACCGUGUUGAUUGGACUGAAGCGAGAAGACCUAUCCUCUGCCGCCAAAGACAACUUCGAUGUUCCUUCUACAUUGGCGCAAUUGAAGACGAAAAAGUACUUGGAUGAACCUCGGUUCCAGACCGCAGUGGGAGAGAUCCAAGGUGCCUUACGCUAAAUAAGAUUGAUGUAUCUUUGCAAUCGGGCGGACCCUGUCACGGUUUGCAGGUGUUUCGUGCAUGGCCACUGUCUUGACGAUGGCUUUCAGGUCGACACCUCGGGGUUUGACGACAUCAUUGCACCUAGACUCUUGACGAAAGAUGCCAGUAGUUUGGCGUAGCAUAGCAUAGCGUGUCGCGGCAGUCCGUCGACCUCGCCUUUCAGCAUCAUGAUAUCAAUAAGAUCACCAAAAGGAAUUG